AUGUUGGCGAGGGCCUCCGUCAGGCUGAUCAUCGGUAGAGCGGGGAAUACGGCGUCCAUUCACGACAACUACGACAUUCGCUGUUGGCAGGCCCAGAAACCCGAUUCUCCGCUUCUUCUCGAAGGAUCCUCACUCAAUGGCGGACGUAUAACCUGUGUAGCGCUAGACCGUGGCAUCGCCUAUAUGGGGACCUCCGGAGGUGAAAUUCUGACUCUGAAGUGGGAGCGAGCUAUCACCCAGAUGCAGUCUACGGCGGCGCAAGAUUCAGUGUGGGGGCCCAGGUUAUCCCUCUGUCGAGGGAACGAGAUCGCCUACGUGGAUAUCGUAGAUGACUACCUGAUCGCGGGCAGUGGAGAGACCCUCUUCACCGUCAAGCCAUCAUUUCAGAAUGAGACUUCGGGGAGGGAGGUAGCGCGGGUCACCCUCCCACUCUUUCCUCGAGAGGCAUCCAUCCAGAUUGUUCGCGUCGUCGAGCGUCACUGCCGCCGGUGGCUUCUGGUGGUCGCACACGAUCCGAGACAACAGAAGCUCUAUAUCAUGAUCAGUCCUUGGGAAGAGGGAGACACACUAAACCGUUACUGGAACCAUCCCUUCUCCGGAUUUUCGUUCUCGGACGACGAUGAGAAAAGAUCCGAUUUGUGUAAACGUCGUUGUAACUCACUGAGCGACGUGAUUAGCGUACGGAUGGUCACGUAUCGCGGCACGAUUUUGUUUCUAAGGAGUUGGGACCAUCCUCCAGCUUACGUGCACUGGGUCUACGACGUAUUUACAGGGCGGGCGGCGGCGGUACCACCGGCCGACGUUAGCCGACAUCAAAUAUUGCCGGUUCUAGCCAGCUGCGCUGGCGACUCAAUAUACGUGAGCGCUGCCUACGAUGGCGACGAGAUACUGGGCAAUGCUCCGUCCACCGAAGACGCCUUCGACGACCACGGUCAAUGCGUUCGAGUCUUCUCCGUUAAGGGUUGCGGUUACUCCCUUUCGGGAAGCUUCGCGGUCACUCUCGUAACUGGUGAGGAAGCGGCAUCACGCCAGCUCGAGCGUAUCUGCCGUUCCCUGUUCCAAGAGACAUCCCGGCAACAGCUAGAGAAGCUAGUUGGCGACGUAUGUCCCAUCCUAGCAAUGGCCGACGAAAUCUUGCUUCUGAUCCUAAAGCAAGUCACAGAGAUGUCGGGGACUCUAAGUGCCCGUAGGUUCGGCGAGGGUCCUUACGAAUCGCGCGCAGCUCUCCGCCUCACCUGUCGGCGUUUCUGGAACUUGAUUUCACCGCGUGCGUCCUUCAAUGUCCAUAUGCGCGACAUACGCUCCCACUUUCUUGGGAAGUUCGAAAAGAUGGGAAAUCUUCCACCUAUUUACGCUCUCGAACUUAGCGAAGACUCUGAUGAUGAGCGAUAUAUUGAGGGUGUUGACAAAUUAGUUCUCGCAUUGGCUCAAUCACCGGAACUCAGCUCCUUGAGUCUACGGCGGGGAGGGAAAACCUUUCUAGCCAAAGCCCAGAGCGAGACACUGCGGCGGAUACGAAGCGCCGACCUCGUGGAUAUUCCGCCCAACCUGGUGCACACGAUGAGCAAUCUACGUUAUCUCUGCUGGAGCGGUGACACUCAAACGACCUUACCUGAGCUAUCACAGCUAGAGCAGCUCAGACUGAUGAUCAGCCGGCCGCGCUCAAUAUCCCGAGAGAUGCCAUGUAGCAUUCAGCUGGAGAGAUUCCCAAGUCUACUCUACGCCCAUGUCGAAUACAUCACUCAUUUUGACCCAGCAAAUGUUGACGAUGCCGAUGGGCUCUGGAACGACCCAACCUAUCUCCUGAAAGGCUCCGCUUCGAGGCUUCGGACCCUCUAUAUUGUUAAUGCCUAUAUCCGCAUGGGGGGCUUCUUCUACAGAUUCGCUGAGCAACCUCUAGAGGAGCUCUAUAUAGGCUUUAGCCGAGGUCUUUUAGGCUGUCUCGAACCUUGUCAGGGCUUUCUAAAGCUCAAAUAUCUCGGCAUUAUAGAAGAUGAAAACAUGCCGCUGUAUCGAUUCUUUCGAUUUCCCAGCACGGCACAAACUUCAGUGCUAUGGGAGAGUCAAAUCUCAAGAGGAAAAUCGAGGGAGACGGCUGGAGAUACCUUACGGCGUGUGUUUCCCUCUCUUUGCCAGUAA